AGGUUAAGGUUAGCAACAUUCUUAAAUUAGUAAUGUGACCUGGUGGUCGAAACGUAUCCAAUGGCCAUGCCGGCAGACAGCUCAAUCAGGAAAAAUAAACUUGAGGAAGAAGAAAUUACAGAGAGGUUUUGACACAGGAAGUUGUCUCUCAUCUUGUUAUUUGGCUGACUCAUUCUUCUUUCCUCAUCUCCCAACAACUUUUCUCGUUGAAUUUUCUAUAUGAACUAUGAUCAAAUUAAAACUCUCCUCUAGUUUCAACCCUCACAAUCAAAACAUGCCUCUCUCUCAAAUUUGCAGCAGUACAAUGACGAUCAAAAGCUUUGAAUUAAAGAGAGAUAUAUAGAAAGAAAGAAAGAAAAAGAUGUCGGCAGGAGGAGGAGAAGAGAAGAUACUGGUGUCGGUGAGGGUUAGACCUCUAAACGAGAAAGAGAAGACAAGAAACGAUAGAUGUGAUUGGGAAUGCAUCAACAACACCACAAUCAUCUGCAACGCUCAUAACUUGUCUGAUAAGCCUUCCUUCACCUUUGACAAGGUGUUUGGAUUUGAAUGUCCUACAAAGCAAGUGUAUGAUGAUGGAGCCAGAGAGGUUGCACUUUGUGUCCUCUCCGGAAUCAACUCAAGCAUCUUUGCGUAUGGACAGACAAGUAGUGGCAAAACAUACACCAUGACAGGAAUCACUGGAUUUGCAAUCAAUGAUAUUUUUCUUUACAUUGACAAGCAUAAACAAGAAAGAAAAUUCACUCUAAAAUUCUCAGCAAUGGAGAUCUACAAUGAAGCUGUGAGGGAUCUACUUUGUGAAGAUAAUAAUAAUCCACUUAGGCUUCUUGAUGAUCCAGAGAGAGGAACGGUCGUUGAGAAACUUAAAGAGGAGACUAUCACAGACAGAAACCAUCUAGAGGAACUCAUAUCCAUAUGCGAGACUCAACGGAAGAUUGGAGAGACGUCUUUAAACGAGACUAGCUCAAGAUCUCAUCAGAUUCUCAGACUGACAAUAGAAAGCUCAAACCGAGAGGUUUCACCGGAGAGCUCAGCGAUUCUUGCAGCAUCAGUGUGCUUUGUUGAUCUAGCAGGAAGUGAAAGAGCCUCUCAGACAUUAUCUGCUGGUUCAAGACUCAAAGAAGGUUGUCACAUUAAUCGGAGUUUACUUACUCUUGGAACUGUCAUCCGAAAACUCAGCAAAGGGAAACAUGGACACAUACCAUAUAGAGACUCAAAGCUAACACGCAUACUUCAAAACUCAUUGGGAGGAAACGCAAGAACGGCUAUCAUAUGUACAAUGAGCCCUGCUCGUAGUCAUCUUGAACAAUCAAGAAACACAUUACUCUUUGCAACUUGUGCUAAAGAGGUGACCACAAACGCUCAAGUGAACAUGGUUGUGUCUGAGAAAGCUUUGGUGAAGCAGCUACAGAGGGAACUGAUGAGAAUGGAGAAUGAGUUGAAGAAUCUUGGACUUGGUUCUUCUUCUUCUUCAACCUCUGAUGAGUUUCAUUCAUUGCUCAAACAGAAAGAAGAAGUGAUUGAAAAGAUGGAGGAGCAGAUCCAGGAGCUUAAGUGGCAAAGAGAUGUAGCUCAAUCUCGGGUAGAGAAUCUGCUUAAAUCAGCAGCGGAAUAUCAAUCAUCUUCAAGCUCAGUUGAUUACAGCAGGAGAAAAAGCUAUGACUCAACAGAUUUUGAUGAGCCUCGUUUGCUAAAUAACAUGGUGAAAAGUAACUUGUACUCUCCUGAUGAAGAUGGUUUCUUGCUGGAUGAUACUACUCCUCGAAUCCCGGAGAAUGGAGUGAGCAACAAGUGGGAGGAGAUGGGUCAAAGGACCAUACAAGAACAAGAAGAUGCUUGCAAAGAAGUAAGAUGCAUUGAAGAGAAUAGUGAAAGAGUUAUAAUCCAAGACACAGUAGACAACAUUGUUGAAAAGAAAGUGGAGUCAUUAUCAGAUGAGAAUGAAGCUGUGGAGUCCAAAAAGGAAGAUGGUGAUUCAUUUUUAGAGGAGAUAGAUACAGAGAAGAGUUUAUAUGCUGAACAUGAAGCCCAAGAUGAGCUAACUAUAACUAAGUUGGCAGAAGAGUUACAAGAGACAGAACAAUCUACAAAGAAAGAAGACAUAGGACAGAACAUGUCUAAGGAUCAACCAUGUGUUGUAGAAUACAAACAAAACUACAAAUCUUCUAUGGCUGAUGAGGAUGAAGCUAAGGAAGAUGCUGAUUCAUCUUUAAAUGUUAAACUUGAAGCCCAAGAUGAGCUAACUAUAGACAAGUUGGUAGAAGAAGUGCAAGAAACAGAAAAAUCUGUGGAAAAACAAAGGCAAUCAUCUUCAAAGACAGAAGACAUGGAACAGAAUCUGUCUAAGGACCAGUCAUGUCUGGAGAACAAACAACAUUACAAAUCUAUUAUAGCCAAUGAUGAUGAAGCUAUAAAGUCAGAAAAGGAAGAUGCUGGUUCCUCUUUAUCUGCUAAACUUGAAGCCAAAGAUGAGCUAACUAUACACAAGUUUGCACAAGAAGUGCAAGAAACAGAACAAAGGCAAUCUUCAAAGAAAGAAGACUUGGAGCAAAAUCUGUCUAAGGACCAGUCAUGUCUGGAAGACAAACAACACUACGAACCUCUUAUGGCGAAUGAUAAUGAAACUAUAGAGUUUGAGAAGGAAGAUGAAGCCAAAGAUGAGCUAAGUAUCAAAAGGUUAGCAGAUAUGGGACAGAACUUGUGGCCUAUGGCCAAUGAGAAUGAAGCUAUGAAGUCAGUAAAGGAAGAUUCUGAUUCAUCUUUAAAGACAAUAGAUACAAAGAUGAGUUUAUCUGCUAAACAUGAAGCUGAAGUUGAGCAACCUACAAACAAGCUAGAAGAAGCCAAUGAGACUAAUCAAUAUGUGGAGAAGGAAGAAACAAACCCUAGCUUGUCUCCCAAGAAAGAAGACACACAACAACAUGUACAAGUCCAUGGAGGCUCCGAUGACGAUGAGACUACAUACGAGGCUCUUAAAAACAAGGUGAAGGAGAUGCAGAAGACAAUCGAAUACUUUAUGAGCAUGCACUCAGCAGAAGAGAAUCAAUCUCCAUCUUUUAACACAAUAAGUGUCAACACCAGUCCAGGAGAUAGCUUGAAGAUGAUGCGAAGAAGCCGAAGCUGCAGAGAAAAUCUCUUGUUCACAAAGGCUGUUGCAGCUGCUGCUAGCGGACGCUUCACAUUCAACACAUCUAACAACGCAUCCUUUGAUUUAGACAACACUCUCUCCACCGAUGCACAGAGCACUAAAGAUACAGACACUGAGACUAGCGGUGGUAGCUUCCAUGAGUUUAUGGCAGGGCUUAAACAGAUGGCGAUGCAGCAUCAUUCAAGGCAUGAGUCCGACACUGAAGCAGAGAAGACAAAGCCCGAAAGAGACACUAAAGCAGAGUUUGAGAGACAGCAAAGCCAGAUAAUAGAGCUUUGGGGGGUUUGUAAUGUACCUUUGGUUCACAGAACAUACUUCUUCUUGCUCUUCAAAGGCGAUCCAUCAGACUUUGUCUACAUGGAAGUGGAGCUAAGGAGGCUAUCUUUCCUCAAGGACUCGCCGGAGAUUGUGAGGAAACAAAGUGCUAAAACGCUGGGGCGAGAGAGAGAAUGGUUGGCUAAGCAAAUACCAAAGAAGUUUGGAAGAAAGGAUAGAGAAGAAGUUUACAAGAAAUGGGGUGUUGAGUUGAGUUCAAAGCAGAGGAGCAUGCAAGUAACACACAAGGCAUGGACCAAGGCCAAAGACGUGGAGCAUUGCAAAGAGAGUGCUUCUCUUGUGGCUACUUUGGUUGGGUUCGAUGAAUCAAACAUGACGCCAAAGGAAAUGUUUGGACUUAGCUUCUCACCUACAACAACACUCAACGUUAAAUCAUCUGGCUGGAGUUUUUCUAACUCUUUCUCUCGUAUUAGCUUGACCGGUGGAUUAUAAACGAACCAUUUUAUUUUUAAGUCUCUUUGUGUUUGUGUAAACAAUUAAAAGUGAAGGUGUGCAAGAUAUGUAUCACUCACAUUAUUCGUUAUUGUUAGACCUAUUCUUUGUCGUCGACUUAUUUAAUUUGUUCAGUAUGGCAUUGACGUAAACUUAAUAAAACCAAAAAAAAAAACUUAAUAAAACCAAUCGAAUUAUAAAUG